AACAUGUUAAACAAACUGCGAUUCACACGUAGCUGUUAGCGCGGAGACGGUCAUAUUGUUCGCGUCCAAGCAAUCGCCGAGGCCAUGUCCCUGAUGCACUGUUGGCCACUCGUUUGGAAGGUGACGGCGACACGGGCUGGAAGUAGGCCAUGCAAGUGAAGGAAGAGCCGGCAUGUACUGAGGCGGGGAGGAACCUUGGUCUCCUUGCUCAGUAUCACUGCUCAGAUGAGAUCCUAGUCUGGAAGUGCUCUUGCUUUGUGGUAACGAAGAGGAGUCCUCCUGUUGUGCGGCUGAAUCCCCAGUCCAACCGAUUUUGCGGUGAGAAAACUCAUGAUGCCUCCAUAUACAAGGUAGCGAGCCGGGCAGCGCAGAAACGUACGAGUAUCAGAAGAAGUGUACCAUACUACGUGUUGUUCAGUGUGAAGCGUCGCCAUGGAGAGCCAGUGAGGAGAGGCAAGCAGUGGGCGGCAUGUCGUCAACUGUAGCCCUGGCACACGGUGUAGGCAGUGCAGCACGGCGGUCUGCCGGGCGUGGCUGGCAUGACCCUGGGCGAGGUCAAGUGAUGCGAGCUGGAUAAACACAGACAGACGGACGCAAACUCAAUCAAGAGGCUGAGAGCAAUUCUUCAUGCCUCCCGAGACAUGCCAAUACACACACACACACACACACACACAAGGCCUGGUCGGUGUGGCGCAGCUCUCAAGUGAGGGAGCGGCGGGAAGUCACUCCACGCGUGUCAUGUCAAGGAGCCUCGAGAAGGGAUAGCUGUCGUCCAUCGCAGAAUAUCCUUCUCGUUCUUGGCCAAGACGAGAUGGGAGUUUUGGACUCUUGUUGCUUUUGUAAACCACGCGCCUGCCAUCUGCGUACGCUGGAGUGACGGCACCGCUAUUCACGCUGAGGACGCCUGGACGCCUCGCUCACUGUGAAGAAAUGCCUGAGCAAGACACCCCCACCCUACCACCACCACCACCACCACCACCACCACCGUCCUGAUACACAGAGUGGCUGGGGAGCGUAAGCUGGGCUGCCACAUAGACACGUACUGCAUUUAAUUAAGACCGCGAAAUAUACAAAGGACGAGUGGGUGGCGCAGCUUAAUCUUUGGCUCUUCCCAGAUAAUUUUGCUGUUAAUAUAGUGCCUGCUAUACAAAGAAUAUCUUUUUAG